UGCAAUCGAUUGCAAUCCUGCAGCCGGAAAGCUUUUGUAAAGUAGCACGAACUGGUGCAAUCCGCCUGGUGCCCAUGAACUUCACCUUGGUGACUCCGGAUGACACUUGGGUCAAUUCCAUGCAGGGCCAGGCGUUGCCUGAGUGCCUGGCUUUCCGCACUCGACAUCGGGCAGAUGUUGCCUUCAUUGUGACUAUGGCAGGGAGAAUCAUCCAGAUGCAGUCUGGAUUUGCCAUGCUCGAGUCCGCCUAUGCACAACCCAACAACGCAGCGAACAUCAUGAUGAAGAACUUGUUGGAUUUGUGCAUUGGUGUGUUGGCCUUUUAUCUUUUUGGCUACACCAUCGCCUUUGGAGAGAGCUACGACGUGGGCAUUGCUGAUGCGGGCUUUGACCUGGCACAUUGGUUCUGCAGCUUUUCCUAUGCUACAACUGCUGCCACCAUCAACAGUGGGGCCCUGGCCGGCAGAGUGGCAUUCUUCCCGUACCUGGCGUUGUCCACCAUGAUGACAGGCCUGGUGUAUCCGAUCUCUGCCCGGUUGGUUUGGGGGCAUGGCUGGCUGCAGCAGAUGGGCUUCGUGGACUUCGCAGGUUCUGCGACGGUGCAUCUCGUGGGAGCGGUCAGUGCAUUGGUGAGCACGAUGAUUUGUGGUCCUCGAAUCGGACGUUUCCCAGAGUAUCGCUCAUGGCGAAAGCCUUGGAGUUGGCUCUUUGGAGAGAAGCAUGAUGAUCAAUACUACCGAGUUCCACAGGAUCCCGUGGAGAAGAAGGUCUUUAUCAGUUUUCGUCGUUGCCGGCAUCCGGUGCAGCUCCUGUUUGGAACCUUUUUGCUGCUUGUGGGCUUCCUGGCCUUCAAUCCUGCGUCUACCUUUUCCGUCACAUCUGGCCACGACCUUGUCAUGGCUCAUGCAUCUGCCACAACACUUCUCGCAGCCGCUGGUGCUGGCAUUGGAGGCAUGGCCUAUUCGAUGGCGCGCACCCGAUCCACAGUGGUCCGUGUUCCGGAGUUGACCAAUGCCUUGAUUGGUGGCUUAGUUGCCAGCUGCGCGUGUUGUGUGGUGAUUCCGCUUCCAGUAGCACCUUUGGUCGGGCUCAUUGCCGCACUGCUGACGCUCUCAGUGGAAGAACUCUUGGCAUAUUUCCAAGUGGACGAUGCAGUCGGGGCGGUUGCUGCACAUGGGCCCUCUGGGGCUUGGGGCACACUCGCCGUGAGCCUCUUCGCCGAAAAGCAUUGUUCUGGCAACUCUGAGAUUGUUGGGCUUUUCUUCGGAGGAGGUGAAGAAGCAUGGAAGCACUUGGGCAUUCAAUGCACGGGCAUCCUCAUGUUGACAGGCAUCUCCCUUGGCUUUACCUACGUCAUUGUGAUGUUGGUAGAUUUCUUAUUUGGCUUCCGCUGCAGUCGUGCUUGUGAGCUCAUUGGCUUGGACUUCUGGGAGCACCAGUUUGAUGAUGGCUCUCUCCAAUCCAACAACGACAAGGCCGCCUUAUUCGACUUAGCACAGAUGCGCGAGGACUUGAGCCGUCGUAACCGGCACCUCGACUCGGUGGUCCCAAAGAAGUGGAGGAGUCCCAGUAAAAGCUAUGUGGAUGUGACGGAGUCUGUGGAUAGUCGUGAAAGUCGUGCCAGAACUUCUACAACUUCUCAAUCCAUGUCCAGUGAGAGCACUGAUUUGCCCAAAUCGGGAGAAUCCGCCGAGCCGGCUCAAGUUGGGCUGUCAGACCAGAAGGAUCCGCACAUCGCUGUCUUGACCGAGAAGGUGGCGGAUUUGGAACGCAAGAUCGCCCUGUUGACCUUGGGCCAUUUGCGUCAGAAGGGCGAACGGAAGGGCACCACGGAGGAUGUGUGCGGGACUCGGGUGACGGCUGAAGCCGCAAGCCAGGAGUCCUCUCCGAUGGCCCCCUUGCGCACCACGCGUUCGGAUCCAGGAUAUUGACCAGAAAGCAAGGCCAGGAGCCCCGUUCGUAGCUUCGUGUUAGUGAAGUUCAGAAAGUGUCCAACUUCAAUUUUUGAUCCUAUAGGCUUAUAGGAUCUUAUAGGCAUCCCUAGGCCGCCUAGGCCUCAUGGCUGAUUGCUGCGCGCAAGCGCAGCUAAGCAGCAUAGCACAGCUGAUAAGGAUGGGCCCCCUGUUUCUUACAAAGCAUUGCCUGCUGCACCACUGCACAAGCAUACCUUGUGGGUUCAUGAACUUCUUCCGAUUGUCAAGAGCCCAUAAGGAUUGGAUGCAUGUGGGUACGUAGCUUGGAGAGUCCAUUUUGGUAGCUCAAGACUGCCAAAAUGAGACCUAAUGUCAUCCAAUUUAACUUGCAUGUGGGCUGAUGUUGUAACUGGAGG